UACCCGCCGGAAGUACCUGUUGACCUCUGACCUGCCGAGGACACAGUGAUUACGGCGACGAUGUGGCACCAACAACGUUUACAAAAGCCGGUUCUACGGCUCGGAGUUUGAAUAUGGCUUAAAAUAACAUUUUCCCAGAAAACUGGAUGUUGUUUUAUCUGACAGCCAAGGAAAGGGAACGAAGAAUGCUGCAGGAGUUCGUGGAAAACCUGCAGGCCGGCAUAGACGCCGACAGAACUGACAUCGUGAGGGAGAUCGUUUCGGCGGCGGCCAAGUGUGAGGAGGCAGAUGAAGGAGACAUCCAGGUGAAGAAGCUGCUGAAUCACCUGGAUGAGGAGGAGCAGACAUUCCUGCAUGUGGCCACUAAGCAAGGUAGUGUUGACAUCAUCCGCACCCUGCUGUCAGCUGGUGCUGACCCUGGCAUCCACGACAGGAAUGGGGACACGCCCUUUGACCUUUCACCCUCCCAGGCUGUCACCAAUGUGUACAACGAGGAGCUGCUCCAGGCCAUCGCUCAGUCCAAUGUUGGUCGUGUGUGUCAGCUGAUUGCUGCAGGGGUUAACAUUAACCUGCGAGACUCCGUGGAGGGAAGGAACACCCCGCUGCACUGGGCGGCUUCCUUCGCCAACCAUGAGAUGGUGCAGUGCCUCUGUGACAGAGGAGCAGAUGUGAACCUGUGUAACAGUAAGGGUGCCACGCCCCUCCAUGAUGCAGUCCUGAGGAAAGACGAGGACAUCGUACAGGAGCUGCUGGAACAUGGAGCCUCUCCACUCUUGGUGGGGACUAAAGGGAGUUACACAGGAAAGCGAGCCCUGGAUCUAGCUGACCCGUCCUCAGAGCUGUACACCCUGCUGCAGGAGUACAGCAGUAAAGCUCUGGCUAACGGAACCCUGGCUGAGGACAGCUCAUCAGAGAGUGUUGAGAUUGAAGACCCCGUUACACCAGACCUCCUGGCGCACAAGAAAGCGCCCCCUCCCUUGUUAAGCAGGAAGGACAGCACAUUGUCAGAGGACCAGCGUAUCCCACCCAACCCCAUCCCUGUCAACAUGGAGGCAGAGGGUGCAGACAACUCCCUACAAAUGGACAGUCAUCUUAUAGAUAAGAUAAGCCAUCUGUUGUCGGCCACCAAUGUGUCUACUCCCCGGAGCCCCCUGGUGACAGACGCCAGACUGCACCUGCUGUGGCCACAGCCCCAGAGACUGGCGCAGGGAGAGGGAGACCCCUGGAGGCCUCCUGAAGAACUGCAGGUGUUUGUUGACCAAGGUCCUCACCAGGUGAAUGUGGGAGACAUUAUGGCCCUGUGGGAGAACCUCCAGCCAAGUCUCCAGCUGAUGGGACUCCAGUACUCAGUGUCUGCUGGUCCUGCCAGGCACUUCCCAGAGACGCCGGUGGUCGUGUGCCUUGUCAACAACAGACUGUGUAACAGGAGCAACAGCUACAAGAUCACAGUCUCACACAGAAAGGUUCUGCUACUGGGUAGUGACACCUGUGGCCUGUGGUAUGCCUUGUGUACGUUUCUACAGCUCCUUAAACUGUGCCAUAACCAGGGGAUUCCUGCACUACAGAUCACUGACUGGCCACAUGUCAGUUAUAGAGGACUGCUCAUAGAAACUUGCAGUGGAAGAGUCCCCAAACUGGAGAACCUAUUAGAACUAAUAGGAAGACUGGCUCUCCUGAAGAUAAACCAGGUACAUCUAUAUACCAAGGUGAACAGUUCAGUACCAGAGCCUUAUAGUCCCAGUGAGCUGUGCCAGAUCCAACAGUACUGUCAGAGGAGACACAUGAUGUUGGUCCCUACCAUGGAUAUAAUAGGGGACAGUACCAUGGAGGAUUCUCCACUGUCUGUAUACAUCACACACUGUAGGAAGAGGCUCCGAGCUUUCCCACCCUGCAGUUAUGUCAAUUUUGGUCCAGUGCUGAGUGAAUUAAUUUUGGAAGAUGCCAGACAACGCCUGGCAGAUGAGAUGAAUUCCCCUACAACCUCAGACUCAUUACCCCAGCUCCCCGUGCUAGACCACCAGACUGCCUUGUUGUGUGUGAACAGUAGAGAGGGGGUAGCAGGAUUUGCUCAGUGCCUUCCCUUGGGCUGUAUUGCUACAGAGUAUGGAAACAAGGCUGACUAUGACUUCCAAAAACUUUCCAAAGACGUUGUAGAAGAAGGACAUGGACUGAUUCUAUGCCCUGGAACAGCAGCCUGGGACAGUAUUGGAGGCUGCCCUGAAGCAGCUGUAAGCAACAUCUUCAAUGCUACAAGAGCUGCUGUGUCUAAUGGUGCAUUGGGAAUAGUUGUCUGUGAUUGGUCAGGUAGAGGUCAUCUGAAUCAUCAGCCAAUCAGCUGGCCUGGUUUUAUCACCACAGCUGGUUUAUCUUGGAACCCUUCCUCUCAUUGGGACUUUGUCCAUGCAAACCUCCCAGACCUGAUCAACACCCAUGUGUACCAGGACAGAGCCGGUGUAAUGGGCCAGGUCAUCAUCGAGCUGGGACGGGCGGAGACCUAUCUCCUGCGGGUGUCUCGCCAGCAGCGUAUGAACGACAACACAGACCUGCCUGGCCAGGACGGGUCCCUCCUGUACCAGCUCAUGUCACCACAACUACUGCAGGACAGCGUCAACAUUGAGAGACUCACACCGGACAAUGUGCAGAAAGCCAUGCGACACAUCAGGCGGUGCAACAGUGCCCUUGGUAAGGCAGACCUGCAGUGCAAGGACAGCUGCCAGGUGGUGUCUGAGCUCCACCUGACUGUGGACAUGCUUGUCUUUGCCUGCAAGCUUGUCCGGGCUUUACUGUCAGCUGGGAAGAACCCUGGAGGGGUGGGGCUACCUGUCAUCAAUGUGGGCGUGGCCAACCUACCUGCCACCACCAGGACUGACCUGGCCAACAGGCUGCUGAGUUUGAUUGACAGGUACAGUGAGCUGUGGGCUGGGUUUAACCUGGAGGCAGGGAUGGACCAAUCAGUGUCUCUCCUGACAGACAUCCUCACAAAACUCAUCCCAGAGAGCAUGGCAGCAGAGGCUUGAAGGGUUCUUUCUGCACAAUAAUUGGUUCAUCUAGAUGAAGCUGUUGGGCAUUGCCUGGAGUCACACCAUGAUCAAAGCAAAAUAGGGACUUUGGUGGGUUUUGACUUAGCUUCUUGCUAUGUAUUUUCAUCCAGUGACAGAUUCUACCAUGUGAUUGUUGUGUGUACGAGUUUGUCAUUAUAGGUGGUUUUGUCAUAUAAAUUCAAUAUGGUUGAACCAAUCCCUGGAAAAAUACAUGUAAGGGUUAGGAGAAAUUAAGGCAGCUGGUUCCAGCUUCGGAAUGAUUCCUUUGUGGUUGUUAGAUAGGAAGUUCAUCUUUUGUGAUGUCAUUUAGAUAUUUUAUAUGGGCUAAAACAUGAUGAAUGCUCAGACUUGAAUAUUUGACAUAAACUGUGGCUUGUAAUAGAGUGUACCAAAUUUAUAUGUUACUUUACUUCAAUGAAUGGUAAAAAGUCUCAAUGACUUUAAAUAAAAUUUAAAGUUAGUUAAGGCUUUGAGAAAUGUGGAAAAGAUAUAUGGUAAAUCCACAAUCAUAAAGAUUUAUUCUAAAGAAUCAUUCUAUUACUAAGUUUAUUUAGUAAACGACAAAUGUAGUUGACAGUGUAUCUACUGGUCUUUCCCAAAGUUGCUUUCUAUGGUGUUCAUCCAAGAUCUCGCUAUGAUCUUCAUACUGCCUUUGGUGUUGGUAGUUUAGAAAUAGUGCAAUACUGCUAACCAUAUUAAAAAGAAAUGCUAUUAAGAAAGAAAGAUGUUAUUUCAGUGCCAUUUGUGUUUUUAUAUUAAUUAGAGUCAUGUUAGUCGAAGCUUACUUUAAAAGUGCUGUAGACAGGGAGAUCGAUUACGGUCAAGUUAAAUGAGGUUGACAACUGUACGAGGCUGUGGGGAACAGAAGUUACAAAUGCAAAAUGCUCAACUUAAGAGAAGGAAUUUGUUUUCUUGCAUAGUAAUUGCAUAGUUUUGCUAGGAAUGCUCCUCUUGCCAUGUACACUUUUUUGUAUAUCAUUACUAUCAGGGAAGUCAGGUAAUAUUUGUUCAUUACAUUCCCAGUUGUAUAUACAAUGUAUGUUUGAGACUUAAGAUUUUGUUUGAUGUUAAUCAUUGCUGGCUUUAAGACACUAGCAACUGGUAUGCUUUCUAUUUGGGGAUGGGUUGUGUGAUAAAAAAUAAACACCAAAAAAAUGUAUCUACCAAGGCAUUAGAUUUACUGUAUGAGCUGUCGACCAUAAGGAGAAACACGUUUUCACAUCCUCUCCCUCAAUUUUGUUCUGUCCCCCAUUUUACCAUCAAUCUCAUUAAAACAAACCUUAUCACAUUACCUGACCUGUGCAGCCUUAAUAAGCUAUUCUAAACGUCAUUACACGUGUAUACAUGGUCAAGCAGAACAGCUACCAUUUGAAAAACCUGUACUUUUUAUUUUUUCUUGCCAUUUACUCACAUCUUUCUGUGUCAGUUUUCUGACACAUCUUCCAGUCAAGUGCUCUCAGUUUGCUUCUGUGUCACCUCAGAAACAUUGUUCCUAUACCUCAGUAGUCCCUAUUCUUCAGUACAGAUGGUACAAAGUUUCUAGCCCUUACAACUUUAUCACAAAUACAUGUACAUAUAAAAGUAAGAUUUUUAAAAUUUGACUGUUAACAAGUUACACAUUCACCAUACAACUUCAAAUGCAAUGUUGGAUUAGAAUUCAGGAAAAGCAGCAUCUGAGUAAUUUUGCUUUUUCUCUUUGGUCUAGUUUAACAUCUUUGAUAUCUUUGUAUUGUACAUGAUAAACAGAGCAGUCUCUGGCAGGUUUCAUGUCAGAUUACAUGUAUGGAGCACUUUUGCUAUAUCAGAACUUCUUGAAAUCAUUAACAAUAAGAUAUGCCUGUCCUCCCUUGGGGACAAAAUGUCCAGAGCAAGAGAAAAGAUCAAUCUUUACAUCUGAACUUAAGUUCUACACAUCAUGACUACAAUUAAUCUGAAGUAGGUUAGCACUGUGAAGGAAAGCAUGCAUCUCAAAGUUUUCCUUUAAGAUUAGUGAAUCUAAUACUGGCCAAGUCUUAAUACUGGCCAUACAUCAGAAGUCUUAAUACUCCC